AUGCUGCGAGGUGCUGCUACGCCUUUGUCUCGCUCCGUAAGGAGCGCUGCCACUAGCAGCCUGCGUCCCUUCAGCAGUCGUGCCACUUCGCAGCUCGCGCUUCCUUCACUUGGCUCGCAAAGUCAAAGCAAGGAUGCUCGUGGUGUCCUUGCUGCGACUGCUUCUCGCGCGUCCGGUCACCAGCUGCUAGGAUCGUUCAGCCAAGCGAGAGCGGCUAGCAGUCAACCUACAGAGAUGACAGUCCGCGAAGCUCUCAACUCGGCCAUGGAGGAGGAGAUGCUGCGCGACGACAGUGUGUUCAUCCUCGGAGAGGAAGUGGCCAGGUGUGAGUGUUGAGCUGGCGGAACGCUGAAGUGCUGUCAAAGUGCUGCCUCCAAAGUCUCCAUGUCUGGCUUGUGCUGACAUGGAAAUGCCAUUAUUCGAUGUCCAGACAAUGGCGCUUACAAAGUGCGUGCAGUCAAGUGCAGCGCCAAAGCUCAAUGCCGCAUGCUCACACUCUGACUUGGCCAUUGGCAGAUUACAAAAGGCUUGCUGGAUAAGUUCGGAGAGCGUCGAGUGAUCGACACGCCCAUCACGGAGGCUGGUUUCACGGGUCUUGCAGUCGGCGCUGCGCUGGCUGGUCUGCGACCCGUCUGCGAGUUCAUGACUUUCAAGUGAGUCGGCAUCUCUCGCUGCUGGCCAACAAAGCCGGAUGAGUGGCCAUCGUGACCGCAAGUGCUGACAAAAGCGAUUUUUUUUUUCUUCACGUGCGCUCAGCUUCGCGAUGCAAUCGAUUGACCAGAUCAUUAACAGUGGAGGCAAGACCUACUACAUGUCUGGAGGAAAUGUUCCUUGCCCCAUCGUAUUUCGAGGCCCGAAUGGUGCUGCCGCCGGUGUGGGUGCACAGCAUUCCCAAGAUUACUCCGCAUGGUACGGUCAGAUACCUGGGUUGAAGGUCAUCAGCCCGUGGAGCGCAGAGGACUGCAGGGGAUUGAUGAAGGUGAGUGCAGGGUUCAGCGUCAGCGACACGCGGAGGCGCGCCUCGCCUAACUCCCUGCACUUCUUCAGGCUGCGAUUCGUGAUCCUAACCCGGUCGUGUUUUUGGAGAACGAGAUCUUGUACGGCCACUCUUUCCCGGUCAACUCUGAGAUCCUUUCCGACGACUUUGUCUUGCCAAUCGGCAAAGCAAAGAUCGAACGAUCAGGAAAGGACGUGACGCUCGUGUCCCACACUCUGGGUGUGACGCAUUGCAUGCAAGCUGCGGAACUUCUCGCAAAGGAAGGCAUCGAGGCCGAAGUGAUCAACCUCCGAAGCAUCAGGCCUUUGGACAUUAAGACUGUCAUUGAAAGUCUCAAGAAGACCAACAGAGUUGUCACUGUGGAAGGCGGGUUUCCAGCUUUCGGCGUUGGGUCCGGUAAGUUUGUCGAGUACAAAGUCCUCGCGUCGCUCGGUGGAACCAUGCAACUCAACCGCUGAUCCAUCUCUCGUAUCGCUUCAGAGAUAUCUGCGCAGCUCAACGAAUUCGCCUUUGACCAUUUGGAUUCGCCAGUCCGCAGAGUGACUGGCGCGGACUUGCCGACUCCGUAAGCAGCAUAGGAUCGCAGAAGCACCUGUUUUGCAUGAACGCUCACGCGCGUCUUUUUGAUCUUUCACCCAGCUACGCAACGAAUCUCGAGAAUCUAUCCUUCCCUAGCGCAGAUAUCGUUGUUGAGGAGGCCAAGAAGGCCUUGUACAAGGCCUGA